CUCAGAGUCGCCCAAAGGGCUUGUUUGGCACAGAAGAGUUAUAGCAAAAAGUUAUUAAAGAUGGCAUUGAGGCGCUACUUGGGGUUUUCAGAUGGUGAGCUGAUGAGGUCAGAUUGCAAACCGUGUUCCAGAUUGAUGAGACAGACUGCCGGGAUUUUCACAGUUGGAGGGGCAUUUGGAUUCUGGAUUCUUUGUAGAUUGCAUUAUGGUCCCAGAAUUACAGUCCCUAGAGCUCUUCGGUGGGGAGCUUGUGGAGCUUUAUCUGUGAGCUCGUCCACUGCUUUGUUAGUUCGCUUGCUUAGUCCAGAAUGCGAGCCCCAAAACAUAGAAACUUACGACAAGGGAAAGUAGCACCUAAUCAUGAAGUGUACUGCUGUCUUGAGUAUGUUCUGAUGGAUUGAUAUGUAGGACUGCGAGUUAUAGAUGGAACUCUACUUAAAGCUAGAUAUUUUGCUCCGAAAUGGAUGUACCAUUUAGGCAUUUAUAUGAAAUGAACUGUGAUUAAAG